AUGGAGAAAAUGGAAGACUUUUGUUUUGGAGAAAAAGAGUUUUCACAGAGCGCAGGAGAUGAGUUCAUCAAUAUGGCUUCUUCUUCACUAAUAUUUCUGACGAUAACUUUCUCAGUGUGGCUUCUGAUUUCCUCCUCAGAAUCCACAGAGCAUUUUGUUGGAGACAGUGAAAAACUAUGGAAGGUUCCUCUUCCAUCGGAAGAAGCACUGGUCAACUGGGCUUCCGGCCACCACUUCAUAAUCGGCGAUACUAUUGUAUUUAAGUACAAUAAAAGAUAUGAAGCGGUGCAUGAAGUGAACGAGCGUGACUAUAGAAGGUGCGUUACAAAGGGAUCUCGUCACAAGGAGUUCCACGGCGGCAAUACGAGGGUGGUGCUGGAUACGUUAGGAGCACGGUAUUUCGUAAGUGGACGAAGAAGUCAUUGUUUGCGUGGCUUAAAGGUUGCAAUAGUUGUCAUGCCUCCGUCUCCACCUCCGUCACUAACAAUAUCGCCACCGUCACUGACUCUUCCUCUGGCUCUCCCUGCGUCACUGUUACAGUCAACGUCACCUUCACCUUCACCUUCACCUUCACCGUCACCUUCAGAGUCACCUUCACCGUCGCCAAAUUCAUCCGGUAGGAAAGGUGGUGCUAACGGUAGUGGAAUCAUCGUUUGGUUUGGGGUUUCAUUGGCUAUGCUGAUUAUAUUCACGUAA